CGAGAACACCGGAUAUCCACGCAGAGAGAUGCGAUGCUUUAUGCUGAAGCUGUGAAACAUCUGUUGAAAGAUUCAGUAAAGAGGCACUUCUGUUCCAAGCUGAGCAGGUGAAAUGGCAUGUGCAAAAGUGCCUUUAGAUGAGCUGCAUGUGACUGAGCACUUUGGACCUCAAGGCAAAGAACGCACUUUACCAGCACUGCACCCUGACCGCAAAGAAGAGCGAUGUUUUUUACCCUUCAAACCCCCACCUGAAGAUGGCACACCUGCACUGGUCGAGGAGUUCCUGGAACAUGCUCAGUUCAUCUCAGAGGAUCUAGAGUGGCUGCUGGCAUUGCCUCAUGACAAGUUCUGGUGUCAGGUAGUAUUUGAUGAGUCAUUACAGGGGUGUUUGGACUCUUAUUUGAGACACGCUCCCCGUGGUUUGGACCCGUCUGGUCUCUCGUCCAGUCCAGCUGUGGCCGACAUGCAGAGGAACAUUCACCGCUCCAUGUUCAUGGUCUUUCUCAGGAUGGCUACACACAAAGAGUCCAAGGAGCACUUCAUUACCCCUGCAGUGUUUGCAGAAAUUAUUUACAACAACUAUCUAUUUGACAUUCCCAAGAUUCUGGAUCUGUGUGUUCUGUACGGAAAAGGAAAUUCCCAACUGCUACAUAAAAUGAUCGAGAACAUUUUUACUCAACAGCCAAGUUAUUAUGGAGACCUAAAUGAGACUAUACCCUCCAUCAUCCAGGUGUUUGAUAUAAUAAUACAGAAGUGUGGUAUUCAGUCAGAGGACACAGGAGCCGGUCAGCCCUUAAAACUCAAUGCUAACAGAUGCCUAACUGCCAUGACAAUGCCAGAGGAGGAGCUUGCAGACUUGGUUUCUUACAUGUGUGAUACCUGCACUACUAUACAUUCUUUCCUGGACAUCUUCCCUGAGGCUUGUUCUACCUUCAAACAGCACAACUUUCUUACCAGAUUACCAUCAUUUUAUGAGAUGGCAGUUCCAGACCUGGAGAAAGCAGUGAAGAAGAGGAAUUUCGAUAAAAGUUUACAAGAGGACAUGUGGAGACGAGUAUCUUAUUCCAGAAAGAAAAUGGUGGAGAUUGCUCACCUGCUGCUCCAACAUGCGUGUUUACAGCCCAUACUGGAGGGCACUGAAAAUGUGGCAUCCUUUGUAGAAGAUCUUCUACAGAACUUCACAACUUUCCUUCAAGAGAAACGAUUCCUGGCUGAUUAUGAUGAACAGUUCCCUAUAGCUGAUGAUAUCAGUCUCCUUCAGCAGGCCUUUCCUCAUUUAGAUGAGACCAGGACUUCUUACCUGUUGCAAGGUGUAGAGUCUGCCUGGGAGUGUGUGGGGAAGAAGAGAAGCUUCCCCUCUGCGAUCUCCUCGUCCAAUCACAGAGCAGGGGCCAAGAACAAGACUGACAGAGAUUUAGCAGCUUCCCCAACAGAAGGAGCAGGAGUUUCAGAAGUCAGAGAAGAGUUAAGAGGAGCAGAAGCAAUGUCUAACACUCCUCGUAAGGGUGAUAAUGGGGCAGUGUGCACCGUGAGUGCUGGAGAAUUAGAAUCUCUGCUGUCCCAUAUCCGAGACCUGCUUCCAGACUUGGGAGAGGGAUUUAUACUGGCAUGCUUAGAAGAAUACGGCUACAAUUCUGAACUUGCCAUUAACAACAUUCUAGAAGAUAAACUAGCUCCUUCUCUAGACAAACUGGACCGGGCAAUGGCCAGGCCUGUGAAGAAUGAGCUUCCCCCAGUUUUGAGCACUAGAUCAAAUGUGUUUGACGAUGACGAGUUUGACGUGUUCAACCGAGACCGUCUAGACAUGAGUCGCAUCUGGAAAGGCCGGAGACAGGGGGAGAGUGUUCGCGCUACGCUCAAUGACAAGCAGCACAUAGAAGAGCAGAGAGCCAGAUAUCAAGCCUACCAGACCGUGGUGGAUGAGAUUCCCAUAGCGAGUAACCCUUCUGGAGACCAGGAUAAUGCUUUCGGCCUGGAUGAUUAUGACGAUGAUUAUGAUGACACGUACGAUGCCAACCAAAUAGGAGCCAAUGAUCUGGAUGAAGAGGAUGAAUUAUUGAACCGCAGGCCGUUUACUAUCCCACAAGUUCUCAGAACAGGCAAACAGGUUCAGGAUUUUGAUGACGACGAGGAGGAAGAUGAAGAGGACAAGAAUGAGGCUAUGAAGAGGGAUCACUUCAUCCAGGACCCAGCUGUCCUCCGAGAGAGAGCCGAGGCCAGAAGAGCUGCUAUGCAAAGCAGGAAAGGCUACAGACCGCCACCAGCAAGUAAUGUGGUUGGGGGGCCAAAGGGACGGGGUCAGACGCAGGAGACCAUUCAGGACCGUCGCAGAAAGGAGGCAACCAAGAGCAGAGGAGCCAAUCACAAUCGCAGAUCAAUGGCUGACAGGAAAAGGAACAAGGGCAUGAUCCCUUCCUAAGACUUUUACAACAGCACCGUUUUUAGAGAGCUGAAA